CAGUGUUUCUCAUGACUGAUGCCCAAGUGGCAGAUGAAAGGUUCCUUGUACUCAUCAAUGAUCUCUUGGCAUCUGGUAGAUGAUUUGAAAGCCAAGCUGGCUACCCAAGAAGUAGAGCUGAAGCAGAAGAAUGAAGACGCAGACAAACUGAUUCAGGUGGUGGGCGUGGAAACUGACAAAGUGAGCAGAGAGAAAGCUGUGGCAGAUGAGGAGGAGAAGAAGGUGGCCCUCAUCAUGCUAGAGGUGAAACAGAAGCAGAAGGACUGUGAGGAAGACCUGGCUAAAGCUGAGCCAGCACUCACAGCAGCUCAGGCAGCCCUCAACACCCUCAACAAGACCAACCUGACAGAGCUGAAGUCAUUUGGCUCUCCACCUCCCGCCGUCAGCAAUGUCACUGCUGCCGUGAUGGUGCUCAUGGCUCCUGGGGGCAAGGUACCCAAGGACCGGAGCUGGAAAGCUGCUAAGGUCACCAUGGCCAAAGUGGAUGGCUUCCUGGACUUGCUAAUCAACUUCGACAAGGAGAACAUUCAUGAAAACUGCCUCAAAGCCAUCAGGCCAUAUCUGCAAGACCCUGAGUUCAAUCCGGAGUUUGUGGCCACCAAGUCCUAUGCAGCUGCGGGUCUCUGCUCUUGGGUCAUCAACAUCGUGAGGUUCUACGAGGUGUUCUGUGAUGUGGAACCCAAGCGCCAAGCGUUGAGCAAAGCUACCGCAGACCUCACAGCUUCCCAGGAGAAGCUGGCAGCCAUCAAAACCAAGAUCACUCACCUUAACGAAAACCUGGCAAAGCUCACAGUCAAGUUUGAGAAAGCAACAGCAGACAAACUCAAAUGUCAGCAAGAAGCUGAAGUAACCGCAGGCACCAUCUCCCUUGCAAACCGCCUGGUUGGAGGACUCGCUUCUGAAAACGUGAGAUGGGCAGAAGCCGUGCAGAACUUCAAAAAGCAGGAAAACACGUUAUGUGGAGACAUUUUACUUACAACGGCUUUCAUUUCCUACCUUGGCUUCUUUACAAAAAAAUACCGGCAGAGCCUCAUGGAUGGGACCUGGAGACCCUACCUGAGCCAGCUGAAAACUCCCAUCCCAGUUACCCCGACCCUGGAUCCCCUGAGGAUGCUAACAGAUGAUGCUGAUGUGGCUGUCUGGCAGAAUGAGGGCCUCCCUGCAGACCGCAUGUCCAUGGAGAAUGCCACCAUCCUUAUCAACUGUGAGCGCUGGCCACUCAUGGUUGACCCUCAGCUACAAGGCAUCAAAUGGAUCAAGAACAAAUAUGGUGAAGACCUCCGAGUCACCCAGAUUGGUCAGAAAGGCUACCUUCAAACCAUAGAGCUUGCCCUGGAAGCUGGAGAUGUGGUGCUGAUUGAAAACCUAGAGGAGUCCAUUGAUCCUGUUCUGGGACCCCUGCUUGGGAGAGAAGUCAUUAAAAAAGGACGUUUCAUCAAAAUUGGAGACAAGGAGUGUGAAUACAACCCCAAGUUCCGGCUCAUCCUUCACACGAAGUUGGCUAAUCCUCACUACCAGCCUGAGCUGCAAGCUCAGGCCACCCUGAUCAAUUUCACUGUGACCAGGGAUGGCCUGGAAGACCAGUUGCUGGCUGCUGUUGUCAGCAUGGAGAGGCCAGACCUGGAGCAGCUGAAGUCCGAUCUCACAAAGCAACAGAAUGGAUUUAAAAUCACCCUCAAAAAUUUGGAAGACAAUCUUCUCUCUCGCCUCAGCUCAGCAUCUGGGAACUUCCUGGGAGAAACGGCCUUGGUAGAGAACCUGGAGAUCACCAAACAGACUGCUGCAGAAGUUGAGGAAAAGGUCCAGGAGGCCAAGGUGACUGAAGUGAAAAUCAACGAGGCCCGAGAGCACUAUCGUCCAGCAGCUGCCCGAGCCUCUCUGCUCUACUUCAUCAUGAACGACCUCAGCAAGAUCCAUCCAAUGUACCAGUUUUCUCUCAAGGCCUUCAGUAUCGUCUUCCAGAAGGCUGUAGAGAGAGCUGCUGCCGACAAGAGCCUUAAGGAGCGAGUGACCAAUCUAAUAGACAGCAUAACCUUCUCUGUAUACCAGUAUACCACUCGCGGGCUCUUUGAGUGUGACAAGCUGACCUACCUUGCCCAACUCACCUUUCAGAUUCUCCUCAUGAACCAGGAAGUCAAUGCAGCAGAAUUGGAUUUCCUGCUUCGAUCUCCAGUGCAGACAGGCACCGCCAGCCCAGUGGAGUUCCUCUCCCACCAGGCCUGGGGAGGCAUCAAGGCACUUUCAUCAAUGGAAGAAUUCUGUAAUCUGGAUCGGGACAUAGAGGGAUCUUCCAAGAGUUGGAAAAAAUUUGUGGAGUCAGAAUGUCCUGAGAAGGAGAAGUUCCCACAGGAGUGGAAGAACAAGACAGCCCUGCAACGCCUCUGUAUGAUGAGAGCUCUGCGGCCUGACCGGAUGACCUAUGCCAUGCGAGAUUUUGUGGAGGAGAAGUUAGGAAGCAAAUACGUGGUGGGAAGAGCGCUAGAUUUUGCAACCUCAUUUGAAGAGUCAGGACCAGCCACUCCCAUGUUUUUUAUCUUGUCUCCAGGACUGGACCCACUGAAGGAUGUGGAAAAUCAAGGAAAAAAACUCGGAUAUACCUUCAACAAUCGAAACUUUCACAACGUGUCUCUGGGGCAAGGACAGGAGGUAGUGGCGGAGGCUGCGCUGGACCUUGCUGCCAAGAAAGGUCACUGGGUUAUUUUGCAGAACAUCCACCUGGUGGCCAAGUGGCUUAGCAUCCUGGAGAAGAAACUGGAGGAGCACAGUGAGAACAGCCAUCCAGAGUUCAGAGUCUUCAUCAGUGCAGAGCCAGCACCCUCCCCUGAGAGCCACAUCAUGCCCCAGGGCAUCCUGGAGAACUCUAUUAAGAUCACCAAUGAGCCCCCCACGGGCAUGCAUGCCAACUUGCACAAGGCUCUGGACAAUUUCACUCAGGACACUCUGGAAAUGUGUUCCCGGGAGACAGAGUUUAAGAGCAUCCUCUUUGCUCUGUGUUACUUUCAUGCGGUGGUGGCAGAAAGACGAAAGUUUGGGCCCCAGGGAUGGAAUCGCUCGUACCCCUUUAACACUGGGGACCUCACCAUCUCUGUGAAUGUACUCUACAACUUCCUGGAGGCCAAUGCAAAGGUACCCUAUGAUGAUUUGCGCUACCUGUUUGGUGAGAUCAUGUAUGGAGGCCAUAUCACAGAUGACUGGGACAGAAGACUCUGCAGAACCUACCUGGAGGAAUUCAUUAGACCAGAAAUGUUAGAAGGAGAACUGUCUCUGGCUCCGGGGUUUCCACUCCCAAGCAACAUGGACUACAAUGGUUAUCAUCAGUACAUCGAUACUGAGCUGCCCCCAGAGUCGCCCUACCUCUAUGGCCUCCACCCAAACGCAGAGAUUGGCUUCCUGACCCAGACCUCGGAAAAGCUCUUCCGCACCGUGCUGGAGCUGCAGCCUCAGGACAGCCAAGCCAGAGAUGGAGUGGUGGCCACGAAAGAAGAAAAGGUCAAGGCCCUACUGGAAGAAGUUUUGGAGCGGGUGACAGAUGAAUUUAACAUCCCAGAGUUGAUGGCCAAAGUGGAGGAUCGCACUCCCUACAUUGUAGUUGCCUUCCAGGAGUGUGAACGGAUGAACAUCCUCACCAGGGAGAUGCAGCGCUCGCUACAGGAGCUGGACCUCGGCUUAAAGGGAGAGCUGACUAUGACCAGUGACAUGGAGAACUUACAAAAUGCCCUGUACUUAGAUACGGUGCCAGAGCCCUGGGCCCGGCGAGCCUACCCUUCCACGGUGGGCCUGGCAGCCUGGUUUCUGGACCUCCUCAACCGAAUCAAGGAGCUGGAAAGUUGGACAAGUGACUUUGCAAUGCCCUCCACUGUGUGGCUUACAGGCUUCUUUAACCCCCAAUCCUUCCUGACUGCCAUCAUGCAGUCCAUGGCUCGCAAGAAUGAGUGGCCACUGGACCAGAUGGCCCUUCAAUGUGAUGUGACCAAGAAGAAUAGAGAAGAGUUUAGAAGCCCUCCUCGAGAAGGGGCCUAUGUACAUGGCCUCUUCAUGGAUGGCGCCCGCUGGGACACACAGGCUGGGAUCAUUACAGAGGCAAAGCUGAAAGAUCUGAUACCUCCCAUGCCUGUGAUGUUCAUCAAGGCCAUUCCUGCAGAUAAGCAGGAUUGCCGCAGUAUCUAUUCCUGUCCUGUGUACAAGACUAGUCAGCGGGGACCCACCUACGUGUGGACCUUCAACCUGAAGACUAAAGAGAACCCAUCCAAGUGGGUUCUAGCUGGGGUAGCUUUGCUUCUCCAGACUUAGUUUCCUGCAGAGCUACUUAGAAAACAAGGAAAGAGGCUGGGCUGGAGACCGCCCAGAGGGAAAGGUGGGUGAGAGGUGACCACAGACACUUAGAAAGAAAUCAUUAGCACCUACAAUCCUGUAGCACUCCUCUAGGGAACUUGGAGAUGAGUGCCUAAAGUGAGGCUGAGCUGGAGGAGUAUGGGCCCAAG